UGCGCGGUGGGGGGGGAGGCGAGGCGCCCUCCUGCACGGGUGACGCGUGGCGGCCGCCCGCCCCGUUGCUGGGCAACCACCAGCCAGGGCCGCGGCAGGUCUGGCUCCGCUCCCCCUCCCCGCCCGCCUCGCGUGAGGGAAUCCGAGUCGGGACCAGUAGGCAGGCGCGCUCGCUCGCUCGGCCCAGCUGCCCUCCCUGCGGAGUCCGUGUCCCGCCAACCGGCCGACAUCGAAGGCGACGGCGGGAGAGCGCCGGAGGCACUUGGCUGGCCGCCGCGUCUGGCCUGAAGGAGGAGGAGGAGCCUCGGCCUGCGGAGGGAGGCGCCCCCCCACUCCCCCCCCGCGCCAAGAUGGCGUCGGCCCCUCCUCUCCCUCCGUUCUGCGUGGCCGAGGAGCGGAGCGGGCACUGCGCGGUGGUGGACGGGCCCUCGCUCUACGUGUGGGGCGGAUACGUGUCAAUUGAAGAAAAUGAAGUCUACUUACCUAAUGAUGAGCUUUGGAUCUAUGAUAUUGACAGUGGAUUAUGGUCGAUGCACCAAAUGGAAGGGGACUUGCCUCCCUCUAUGUCUGGAAGUUGUGGGGCUUGCAUUAAUGGGAAGCUGUACAUCUUUGGUGGAUUUGACGACAAAGGAUAUAGCAAUCGGCUCUAUUAUGUUAAUUUGCGAACAAGAAAUGGAAGCUAUUUGUGGAAAAAAAUCACAGACUUUAAAGGUCAGCCUCCUACACCACGUGACAAACUUGCCUGCUGGGUGUAUAAAGACAGGCUAGUAUAUUUUGGUGGCUAUGGCUGUCGGAAACAAAACGAGCUGAGUGACUGCUUUGAUGUUCAUGAUGCAUUUUGGGAAGGACAGAUAUUCUGGGGAUGGCACAAUGACGUUCAUGUUUUUGAUACAAAGACACAAACUUGGCAUCAACCUAUAAUUAAACAUGGUGUUCCACCUCAGCCCCGAGCAGCUCAUUCAUGUGCAGUCCUAGAAAAUAAAGGCUACAUCUUUGGAGGGCGGGUUUUGCAAACAAGGAUGAAUGAUUUACAUUUUCUGAACUUGGAUACCUGGACUUGGUCAGGAAAAAUUCGUACAAAUGGAGAAAUACCAGGAGACAGAUCAUGGCACACUUUGACUCCUCUGGCCGAUGGUAAACUAUUCUUGUUUGGUGGGCUGAGUUCAGACAAUGUACCCCUAAGUGAUGGUUGGAUUUAUGCUGUUGAAACAAGCCAAUGGCAACAACUUGCCUACUUACCAAAGAGCAGACCUAGAUUGUGGCAUACGGCCUGUCUUGGUAAAGAAGGCGAAGUGAUGGUCUUUGGAGGGAGUAAAGAUGACUUGCACUUCAUGGACACAGGACAUUGCAGUGAUCUAUUGAUUUUUCAGACACAACCAUACUCACUUCUCAGGCUGAGCCUUGAUUGCAUUGGCAAAAAUGCUGGCCUCUUAGAGAACCAAAUAUCCUGGUUACCUUCCAAACUUCUGGAACAGGCUUUGGUUAAAACAACCUUUUGGGCUGCAGUGAACUAUCGCCAAGGGAGAAAAGCUGAAGCAGAAGGGCAGGAGAAGAUUAAUGUUUCCUAGCAACUGUUCCGCAUGGAUUGAGAUGCACAGUACAGACCAUUGUUGGAGAUCAUUUUGAAAUGUUACCAGUCAGCUGUUUGAUGGAUUGUCUUUCUAAGGUCAGGUGAGGUCUGGAGACACAGAAAUGUUCUCUGAUUUCUUGAUGCAUAAGAAACAGUUACAGUUGUGUUAUCCAUGUGGUAAUAGCUCCACUUAGGGGUUCUGAAGUUUAACACCAAACUGUCUUGAGCUUAUUGAGCUAGUUCAUACAAGGUAUCCCACAGUUGAUUCCAUUAUUGUUAAUGUUAAACUUGUGAAGAAGGCUUCACUAGAAGAAAGUUGUAUUUGGCCAUCUUUCUGUGAGUUGCUGCACUUUGGCCAUCGUCUGAAAAGGGGAAUUAUUUGAACCCAAUUGCAGUCUAAAAAAUAUAUUCUUUGGAUUACAUAAUCAAAAGCUGGGUUGAAAGUAUGAUGGACCCUGUUGUGGCUCCGCUCUAAAGAAUCACAUUGAAGUGGGUUUACCUUUACAGGUUUGCACUGUGUUAAACAUUUUUUUAAACUGUGCAAAUCCAAAAAUUUUGCACUGAGCAUUGUUUUGCUGUAAUCACAGUUUUGAAAAUGUUAGACGUAACUGCACUCUGGAUGUGUAAAGUUUGUAUUUAACUUUGAAAAUAUUUUAUUGUAAAAAGUGUUUCUAGAAAUAUUAUUUUCUUGUUUAUGUUAAUAGAGACCAUCACUCAGAUUUGCCAUGUGUUUGAAUAGCAUAGCUUUUACUGACUUACCAUUGUGAACAAAAAACAUGAAGCAGCUUUUUAUAUUUAACCCUUGAUCUUCCUCAAUAUAUGCAGCUUGUUUUUGACCUUAAGUGCUGCUUUGGAUUGUUUUGAGGCUAGGCCCAGUAAUAAUGGAGUAGGCAAGGGGUGUUUGCAGGACAGAGUACUUACUCUAACACCUAGGAAACUUGGAGAGGGGCUUCCUGCAAUACAAGACGCUCAUUUAACAUCAGAAGCCAUAUUUAUGUCUCUCUUUGUGGAGAUGUUUGAUCCUCAUGAUGAAGAAAAGGCAAUGAAUUUUUAUUUAUAUACAUUCUUUGCCUCCUUGCUUUUUCUGCUGCAACCAUAAGGUAGCAUUUGGAAUAUGGGUUUUUUUGUUUUUAUUGAGCAGCAGCAGCUGUGGACUUUAUCAAACAAGUGGCUAGGCCACAUGUAUCUGACAAUGUUGGUGCCUGAAAAUGUCCAUCUUGUAACAAAUCAGAUAUUUUAUUAAGCACUUGAAUAGAUCCAGCAAUUUUAGUGAAGCUACUGACUUGUGGCAAAGGCACACAGUACUUGAAAAGCAUUAUAGGGCAGAGAUGUCCCUUUCUGGCACCAGAUUCAUGCCCUUUUGGCUAUGUACACUAGUGCCACUGGCAAGUAUGUAACAAGGCGGUAGCAGUCCUGGAAUCAACUGGCUUGGGCAAAAGCUUCCCUUUGCCAUGGUGCUGUUAAAGAAUAAAGAUGGUUCUCCUGUCGCAUGGGCUAGCUAGUGUUGCCCCCUCCCUGCCCUCUGCCCUGGAAUGUCUCAUGUGCCUUUAACAGCAUUGUGCCAAGGUGAAGCUUUGUUAGCCUGCAGAUGGUGUGAGGAGAGAUCUCCACCUGCUGAAUCUCUCUGUUAAAAGCAAAGAACACAAAGUUGGCCAACUCUGUGCCAUUCUUUGUGGGCAAGAGCCCUUGAUUCCAUCACUGGAACAACUCAGACCAGAGCCACACUUUUUCACCUGUGUCUCCAGCUUUGUGUUCAUAGCUGGAGAUCUAAAAAGUAGUUCUGACAUCUGUCCAAGCCCAGUAAUUUAGAAGAGCCCUAAGGCAUGCUGGCAGCACCUCAAAGUGUGCCCCUCCCCCAGCUAGAAACAGAUCUUGGAAUGGGCAUCGGCACGCAUGGUGAUGGAGAGCAUUUCUUCUCCUAUCCUCUGCACAAGAGCAUCUGGUUCCAUUUGCUUUCCUUUGUCAGGGCCGCUGCAUAUUCAAAAAAUCAGCCCACAGGUGUUCUCUUGUGACAAAGGGUGCAAUCCACUGGGAAGAAAGCUCUCUGGAGCAAGCCUUAGGAAAUUAAUGGGAGCUACGCCAGAGCACAGGAAUGUUCAUGCAAAACUCCCUUGCAAGGGGACUUGUGCAAGAGAACUUUCUUUCUAAUGGAUUGUGUCCUUGAUUUCAGUGAACUCUCUACAUAACCUGGCUAGGAGUGGCUUGAUUGCCCAAGUGCACGUGUCAAGAGGGACUGCCGGGAUGUGACUGGAGCUCUCUUGCAGUUCUCCCAGUCCCUCUACAUGCGUGCUCUUUCACGAGCAGCUGAAAUGUUCCUGUACUCUGGAAGCGAGGAAAUACGCCACUGAGGGCCAGGCUUCUGGCACACUUCCACUGGGCAGGCAGAGUGGGGAUGUUUUGGCUGCUUGCGCAACAACAGCACAGGCCUGCAGGGAGGGACUGGGGGAGUUGCAAGCAAGCACCAGUCCUGUCCCUGCAGCCCCUCUUUGCAUGCCGGGGUCGGGAGGGCAGCCCGACUUCUUGUGAAACAGCCCCCUGAGGAGCAAUGGAGGUACUCAGAAUGUGGCCCUAGAAUCCUGACCAGGGCAGACUCACCUUGAGCUUCUGUAGCAUCUUCUGUGAUGGCUCCAUACAUAAGGACAAACAUAUACACAUUUGAUAGGGAAAUAUCUAUUUUUAAGUUUCUCUUUUCAGAAUCAGUUCCAGAUAAGUGCCUUUACCACUUGUAUUUUCUUUCAUGUUUUACCAUUUCUACAGAAGUGUAUGUGAAUUUUUCUCUUGCAAUAUGGAAUUAAAAAUGUGAAGUUCUUAUA